CUGUCAAACAGUCUCUGUUCUCCUCAGUGUUUCGCCGAAAUGCCGGUCGGCUCCAGCCUCUCAGGGCUACAGACUCCUGGUAGCCUCCCACCUUUAACCCGACGUAGCCUAUACAUUUAAACGUGACGUUGCGUUAAAGGGGUGAACACCGGCACACUUACCGCUUUGCUUCUCAGUCCCGGAGGAUUUGUUCCUCUCUGCAGCGCCCUGCAUUGCAACGGAAUGGAAGCUGAAUGAAUUGAAAGUCGGUCGUGGAUACAGGCUGAUGGACGAGGAACAACAGUAGGAAUAGAAGCCUGCAGUAGCCCGAUAUAGUGUUGAACGCCGGCAUGACCUACAUACCACAGAGCUUCAUGGAGCGUCUUCAGGACAUCUCUGCGGAUGGAUACAGUAACUGACGUCCUGUUCAACCUUGUAACACAGUCAUAAGUGACCUUCAUUUUUAUUUGCUGCUGCAGGACUGUCCAUAACAAGACACGUGAAUGUGCAUACGUUCAAUGCAAAAUAAGGGAAGAGCAUGAAAAGCAUUGCAUGCUGGAUGUUUUGCUAACCUUCUGGAGUCAAGAGGAAACCAAAGGGAAAAAUUAUUCAAGCAGGUGGCUCUAAAAUUUACUCUCGGUAUACUGUUGGACUAUACACCAGCUUUGCUCUUUGGAUUAACCUCCAGCUCAUGAGGCCCACAGUGGAGCUGGGAUCAAAGGUCCAAAGACAAGCAGGGCUGAAAGGUCUUUUAAAGCAAGCAGCCUGUAGAUGCCUUAUCCACUCAUAAGUGACAGAUUGUAUGGCAAUCACUAAUUAUGCUGUGACCAGCAAUAAAGUUAACAGCCAAGCAUUAAAAAGCGAGGUGCUGUGCAGGAAAAGUCAAAGAGAUAUUGUUGGCUUUCAGCAACAUCAACUGUCGCCAUUAUGCUUCUGAAAUGCGGGCAGCCGUUACCGCUUCUGAAGCAUACGGAUGUACCGCCUCGGGUUAUAGAGAACUUCAUCCUGACUGGCUACCGCUUCCCAAACUACAGCCUGAGGGAUUGCUUACUAUCAGCAUUCAGGCCCACUAAUGAAACAGGCAACUUCUGGACACACUUCCUCCCAGUUUUCAUUUUUUCGUACUAUUUUGUGGAGGUUUUUGGUUGGGAAGGUGCGCCACAUGGUGACACCCCGUUCUUCUACCCAUUGUGGAACUACUUUAUUGGGGUGUUCUGUCUGUUAAUGGCUAGCAGCAUGGCCCACCUACUUAACUCAAUGUCUCUGGUGGUUAGAGAAGUCUGCUUCUUUGUGGAUUACGGCACUAUCAGCUCCUACACGGUUGGCUCAUCAUUGGCGUACUACUACUAUAUCCACCCCCGGGCAGGGAUAGUGGAGACAGGAGGCCACAAUGGCUCCCAUAUUGACUUGAAACAUGAGCCUGCAGAAUCUCUAACAUCAUCCUAUGCAAUCUCAGAUUUCAGUGUGUUCUUUGAGACCUUCUACAUCCCGUGCGCGUGUGUUGUUGCAAUCAUUUGCGUCUUAUCUUGCUGCAAUACUCGCCAAAGGUGGAGGCGGCACAGAUAUCUCAUCCGAACCCUUGUUUUCCUCCUCCCAUUCCUCGUGUCUUCCACACCAGUCUUCUACCGCCUCCUAACCAGAUCGCCUUAUGCCACCAACUCCUCCUCCUUUGCUGCCUCCACCUCCACGGCCAGCUUCUUCUAUCGCCACUGCCUCUGGCUGCUGGUGUCAGCCGUCUUCAACAUCAGCAAGUUCCCCGAGCGGCUAGCCCCGGGUCACUUCGACAUCUGGGGGCACAGCCACCAGUGGUUCCACUGUUGCACCUUUUUGUCCAUUCUCGACGAACUUCAUAUGAUCAAGACCGAGGUGAAGGCAAUCCUACUUAGCCCAACUCUGCUGCUGCCCCCUGCCACCCUCUCCCGCCUACCUGGACCUACUAUAGCUUCCACCUACGGGGUGAUGCUCCUCCUCCAGACCACCAUCAUCUCCAUCAUUGUGUGGUUCUCCUGGUGUGCCAACUGCAUCUACGGACCCCAGAGAGACCAGCUAGCUAAGGAACAACCCAAGAAACACCUGAAAUGCCACUGAUCACACAUCUUUUUUUUAUCAUCCCAACUGUGAAGUAAGAAUUGCACAUGCAUACAGAGUAAUGCCGCAAAGAAAAGCGCACAAGUAAAACAAUAUUUCCCUCCUCAUUUCAAGUCCCUCAUAUGUUCCAACCCCUUAGAGAACAUUUUUCAAGCUUUCAUAAGCAGAAAUCAGGGACAACGGCAGAUGAAAGGAUUAUAUUCUGAGCGCACCACAGGGUGGCUGUCUGGUUGAGUGGAUAUUGAAAGACCUUGCCAGUUCUUUCCCCUGAGCUGCUCCAGCAUGUUCCAACAGGAUGUCUGAGCAGUGGCGAUAAUAACUACCUCUAGGGACUGCACACUUGAGGACACAGGAAAGGUGUUGGUACCCAGGAGAACAUGUUUCAUAAAACAUUUGGCUGAUGUGGUUUAAAUGUCAGCAUGACAAUUUACAGAAGUUGCUGAUGUGUAGUCUGUUGUUAAGUAGUUCCUCCUGCUGCACUUCCCCCUUUCUCUGACCUUGAACAGCAUCUUUAAAAAAACUCUCUGCUAUGGUUUAAACUGUUGUUUCACAUUGACUGAAUCUUUUUCUGGGCUAUGCUAACCACACCUCUUCUUCUGACUUUCAUGAAUGCUCACAAGCAAUCUCAUUUCCUCUCUCUUCAAGUGACCCUUGCAGCAGGAAGUGCAGUGGCCUUCACAAAGCAGCAGAAAUAGCUGAGAGCUCGUAUCAGUCAUACAGCAAAGCACUUUCAGCAGGCCAGUCAAACUUGCCCUGUCAUUAAGAAGCCAUGCUCGCGUUUAACCUUAAGGGACGUGUAACAGUCUGAAGCAUACAUUGACAUCCUGCUGAUAUGUUUUGCUGGAAUACUUGGGUUAUAUAGAUGUGAGUAGUGUGUAUAGUGAAUACAUCUGCUGUAUGAUUGGUAUUCAUUACGCUGAUGGCUAGUUUCCACCAGAUUAUGUUCACACUGCAUAAAGUCCUUUAGCUCAGAUUAAAUGUCAUGUAAAUCAGAUGUUGUCUAAUCAGUAUGAAAAGCUGUUGGACCUGGUACACACUGUACAUGCAUAUCUUUUUGCAGACAGCUCAUGUUCAUCAUUCAAAAAACAUCAGAGCAGCAGUGUAAAAGCCUGCUUUGCGAACAUAGAUGAAAUGAGGAAAUCAAAGGCUGCUAUUUAUGUCAUGUGAUGUAUAGCAACCUUUCGGAGUAAAAGCCAUACUUUGGAAAAGUGAUAGCUGAAAUACUGGCAGUAUUGUACUGUUGUACUACUUAAUCAGGGACUUCCUGAAUAGAUUUGCACUUCAUAGAUAGAUCAGGUUAAUAUUUCACCCAGCAGUUUGUAGCUGUCAUGUAUUUAUCAUAAUAUUUAAGUCACAGAGCUAAGCAUACAUCUUUCAAAAAAAAUAUACACCCCACAAUCUUUGAAAAACCUAGAGGUAAUUCAAUAGCACUCACAGCUUUUCUGACGGUCCUGACACAAUCCUCAGUGCCUCUCAUACAGGGCCCCUGAAGUCCCUCAAAAGUUGUUUCAUUAUUAUAUCAUAGCUCUAUACGAAAAUACACUUUUCUUGUAUUUUACAAAAUAAGCAAAGAGAGACGUCAUUUUUUUGGUUAGCUGGAUUAGAAGCAGAAAGGCAGAUAUGGAAACAGGUUGAAUUUUUUUUAUUGUGUUUUAUUGUUUUUUUUGCAGCAGACAUUUUGACUUGUAAUAGUUGGAAAAGCACAGGUGUAUUUAUUAACAUUAAUGAUAGCUGCAUCCUUAGGGGAGGUCCUGACAUUGUUCAUGCUAUCUCGCUUGAAUAUCUUACUGGGACACUUAAUGAAACUGAGCCAAUGCUCAUUGUCAUAUGCUGUAAAGCCCCCUGAGGCAAACUGCGAUUUGUGAUAUUGGGCUUUAUAAAUAAAAUUGAAUUGAAUUGAAUUAAUCUUCAGUUUCACCUGUGCUUUUCCUACUAUGACAUGUCAAAAUGUCCGCUGUGAAAAAGGUAUAUUAGAGCUGUCCAUUUUUGCUUUUGACAGGCUGACACCCAUUAACUAGUAACUAACUAGCUGAUAUUUAACAACAGCAACAACAAAAAAUACAAAAGGCCUUUUGUUUUAAUCUGGCACUCCAUUGCCUUAGUGAGCUUUAGCACUGCAUUUCAAAGCGCUGUCCAUUUAGAUUUGGUGUGACCCAGCAAUGCUGUUGGGUCAAGAUAGUGUCAUAGCAAGUUCUGCAAAAUGAGCAGCAUUGCUAGCUGUUCAGCUCCUACCAGACCUGGGUGGUGCGCAGUGCUGUAAAGAGUAGCAAAAUUAACCUAUAGGCAGACAUGUUUAACAGCUCCAAAAUAUCCUCAGGGGUUAACUGAUUAACAGUUGACAUCUGUAAUCCCGAUGGACAGAAAAUUGAAUUUUCAAAACAACAUUAUGUGUUGUUAAGGAUAUUGAUGCACAAUAUUGGAUCUUUUGCUGAUUUCUGAUAUGCUGUUAUAUAACAACUUCUAUAGCAGAUAUCGAUACAUCCACUUUUUUCUGCUGCCUAAUUUUAGCGAUCGUCAAGUCUUUUCUGUAGUGGAAUUAUCAUUUUAUGCAUGCAUACUCUUCUUGUGAUGGCCCACCAGCAGAU